AUGCUUGCUAGAACUUUGUUACGUGCCUCUGUAAGAGCCCCACUUGCUGUUACUGGUAUUCCAGCUGCCAGAUUCUUUUCCUUCAAGGCUGAGGACCAACCAAGAAUUAGAAUUGGAUCCACUGCUCCCAACUUUGUUGCUGAUACCACCCAUGGUAAGAUCGAUUUCCACGAAUACAUUGGUGACAAUUGGACUGUGUUGUUUUCACACCCCAAGGACUACACUCCUGUUUGUACCACUGAAUUGGGAGCCUUUGCCAAGUUGAAGCCUGAAUUCAGUAAACGUGGGGUCAAGUUAAUUGCUUUAUCAGUUGAUGAUGUUGCCUCUCACAAAGAUUGGAUUAAUGAUAUUGAAGAGGUUAGUUCUGAAGGAGCCAAGUUUGAUUAUCCAAUCAUUGCUGAUGAAUCUAAAGAAGUUGCCUUCAAAUACGAUAUGCUUACUGAAGCUGAUUUCAAUAACAUCGACGCUGGAAUAGUGUUCACUGUUAGAUCUGUUUUCAUCAUUGACCCUAAUAAGAAGGUUAGAUUGAUCAUCACUUACCCUGCUUCUACCGGUAGAAACUCUGCUGAGAUCUUAAGAGUUAUUGACGCUUUACAAUUGGCCGAUAAGAAGGGCAUUGCCACUCCAAUUGAUUGGACUGAAGGUCAAGAUGUUAUCAUUCCUCCUACUGUUUCCGAUGCUGAUGCUGCUAAGAAGUUUGGUGAUUUCAAGAAGGUCAAGCCUUAUUUGAGAUUCACCAAGGCCUAA